GUAAUAGCCAAAUUAUUUGAUGAUAUGUUUAAUAUUAUUUAUGUUAAUGUUAUUAAUUUUUGAUUAUAUAUUUUCAUUGUUAAGUUACUACGCCAUUUCAGAGCGUUGCUGCGUUUCAAUUUUGGAAUAUUUUUUCCAACAGUUUUAUGGAAAAACGAAAAAUAUUGUACAAUCAUAUUUCGUCAAAGGCACAAAGGGUUCGACUGUAGUUUGUCACGAUUGCUGUAAGGUAGGCGUCAGGUAGUCAGAGACUCAGAGUCCGAUUUUGAAUAUUUUGAUUUAUGUUCAGUGUUCGUAAGUCGUCACUUCGUAGUUUUCUAAGAAACUGAAUUUAUCUAUUAGUGUUAGCCGAUAAAACGCAAUUUUUAUCGUCAAACGUUCUAGUGUUCUACUAUACUAACAUUACUUUUCAUUGUCAUAGCAUACAAUUGGUUAUCACGCGAUACGUUACAGGCUACAGCUGACCCUUAGUUAUUAUUUAUAUCAUUCGCACGCUUAAAUUAGUCAAAUUACUCUCUUCGUUUGUACGUCAUCUCGCCGCGCGACUUGUUUCGUUACGAUAUCGCGAUGGCCGACGUAGAACGAAAACUUAAAUCUACUGUCAUUGAUCUAUCCGGCAAAAGUUGGGCCGAACUUUGUGACAGUUCUCAAUCAUCACAGUCGCAGACGGACACCGAUUCACCACUGAAACUUGUCGACGAGCCAAGCAAAAAGAAUGGCGAUGAUGAUGACGAUCUGUAUGACAUGGUUUUCAAGCCAGUCAAAAAGGAGUUUGUCAAAGCCCCAACCCAGGAUGAUCUUAGUUUGACUUCCUUUAUGAAUAAUGUACAUAUGGUAACGCCGAUCAAACAGGAAAAUGAUGAAAAAACACUUACGUUUGAUGAAGAUACCAUUUGUAGUCCAUUUGUAAAAAAAGAAUCAAAGACAACAUCUGGUAAUAAUCCUAAAGAGUCGGUGUGUAAAGAACAAAACCCGAAAAAAGAUUUACAGCAUGCUAAGAGAAGAUUAACUUCUGAGAGUGAAUCUGUUGUUACUGAUUCCGUGUCACCUGAGCGGGUCAACAAAGUUAAUAAAAAAUCCACAGAGCAUAAAAAUAUACAUGACUCUGAAUCAAGUCCCAAAGUAAAAUUGGAACGCGAAACAGACCCUAAUAUUUUAGCAAGAAGACAAAAACAAAUAGAUUUUGGUAAAAAUACUAUUGGAUAUGUCAAAUAUCUAGAACAGGUUCCUAAACAUGAACGUUCUAAAAGACAUCCUAAAACUCCACCAAAAAAUUUAAAAUAUACUAGACGAGCUUGGGAUGGUUUAAUUAAAAACUGGAGAGUUAAAUUACAUUUAUGGGACCCUGAUAGAAAACAUGAUGAUGAUGAUGCACUGACCACGGGUUCAAGUUCAAAUUUGUGUUCACUAGGAUCAAUGACUAGUUUGGACUCAAGUUCUCAGGCCUCAGAUUCAAGGCCAUCAACACCACCACCAAGUUCUGAAGAUUCAUCACAACAAAAAAGGGAAAACCAAGAAGAUGGUCUUACUCCAAAUCAAUUGAAGUUUAAGAAAUCUAAAACUUAUAAUAAUUAGAUACCUAUUUAUUUAUACAUUUUACACCUAUAAAUUUAUUGACCAUUCAUUAAAAUA